CUCCAAAAACAUGUUUUGGUGUAAUUCUAUCUCAAUCUAGGUGUAAUUUUACAUCUAUGUUCAUUACGUAACAGUUAACACCCAUAACCAAGUGACCAACGUUGGUGUCCUUGAACCAUGGAGAAAGUCUUUCUUUUAUGACAGACGGACAUACAGUAGCGUCCAGUCCAUAUAUAGAGAUAACAGAGUGAACUUCGUCAAUACGGAGUCAAAAAUGCUGAGUCUCCUCCUCCUGUCGGUGGUAUCAAUAGAAUGUGCAGUGCUGGAUCCAGCGUUAUACCUCCUGCCGAGUCCGCCGAUCAGCAGAGACCAGCCAUCAGAGUGGUUGAAGAGUGCAAGGGCCUUGGAGCCAGUGGAAGAUACGCCGAAAGUAGAGAUUGUAAAAGAAGAAGAAGCAACAGAGCAACCAGAUCUAGAAGCAUCUGAAACGUUCUGGCCUGGUCUCCGGUCCAUCAAGCGUGAAGUCCACAUCCCCCUAACCUUCCAACUGACGGGGUCAUAUGGAAACUUUGGGGGAUAUGGGACGGGGGUGAUUGGGAACACCUAUGCUGGGAUUUCGGGGAUAACGGGACUUUUAGGGAGGGGGAAGUCAGCACUGGCGGGAAGCAGCUACGGGUCGUACUAUGAUGAUGGGGUGAAAAUUUAUGGGGGUAACCGGGCACCAGCGUGGGGAGGAUGGGGGAACGGAAGAUGGGGACAUUAUGGGAAAGGCUAAUGAGCGAAUUACUGCAUUUGUGUUGAAAAAGUAUUUUUGAAAGUAAUAAAUAAAAAUAUUUAAAACGUU